AUGGACUACUGCGAACCAGUACUGGAUGUGCAGUCAGCAGUGCCUAUCAUUAUGGGUGCUAACAUCGGUAUCUCCAUCACCAAUACCAUCGUGGCUGUGAUGCAGGCUGGAGACCGUAACGAGUUCCGCAGGGCAUUUGCAGGAGCCAUAGUACAUGACUUUUUUAACUGGCUGUCUGUGUUGGUGUUGCUGCCUCUGGAAGCAGCCACUGGUGUCUUGUACAAGCUCACCAAAUGCCUCAUUGACUCAUUCCAAAUCAAGACAGGCCAGGAUGCCCCAGACUUGCUCAAAGUCAUCACUGAACCACUCACCAAGAACAUCAUUGAGCUGGACAGCUCUGUCAUCAGUGCCAUAGCCACUGGUGAUCCCACUGCUCGAAACAAAAGCCUGAUCAAGAUAUGGUGCAAAAAGGAGAAAGUCAUAAGUCUGGAGAAUGUUCCUGGAGAAGCAAACUGUACAGUUGGUGUCCCAUGCUGGAUAGUGGGCAACCAGACAUGGACACAGAAGAACAUAACACAGACCAAGAACUUAGAGAAAUGUAGUCAUCUCUUUGCAUCAGCAAAUCUGCCUGACUUGGCUGUGGGACUGAUCCUGCUAGCUCUGUCCCUGCUGGUGCUCUGUACAUGCCUCAUUCUCAUCGUCAAGCUGCUCAACUCCAUGCUCAAGGGUCAGGUGGCUGUCGUCAUUAAGAAGGUGCUCAACACAGAUUUCCCCUUUCCAUUUGGAUGGGUCACUGGUUACCUCGCUAUCUUGGUGGGGGCAGGAAUGACCUUCAUCGUGCAAAGCAGUUCAGUCUUCACCUCCGCCAUUACACCUCUUGUCGGUAUUGGUGUCAUUAGCAUUGAACGAGUCUAUCCCCUUACGCUUGGCUCCAAUAUUGGGACAACAACAACUGCUAUUCUUGCCGCCAUGGCAAGUCCUGGAGAGACGCUUGCCAACUCUCUACAGAUCUCUCUUUGCCAUUUCUUCAACAUCUUUGGCAUAAUGUUGUGGUACCCAAUUCCUUUCACACGUGUGCCUAUCCGGCUGGCUAAAGCACUGGGUAACCGCACAGCCAAAUACCGCUGGUUUGCCAUCAUCUACUUGUUUGCUUGCUUCUUCAUUAUGCCUUUGACGGUGCUGGGGCUCUCCAUCGCUGGCUGGCAGGUCCUUGUGGGGGUUGGUGUGCCCGUGGUGGCAUUGGUGGUCUUUGUGAUUGUGGUGAAUAUCAUGCAGUCACGCUGCCCACGCUUCCUGGUUCCUGUGCUGCGCACUUGGGACUUCCUUCCCCGGCCGCUGCAUUCGCUCACACCAUGGGACCGUAUUGUCACCAGAGUGAUGGGCUUCUGUGGGGCACACUGCUGCUGUUGUUGCAAGUGCUGCAAGAAGGGAGAAUCAGACAAUGAAGAGAAGAAUAUGAAAGACUUGGAGAUGUACGACAACCCUGCACUUUCUGUGAACGAUGAGAAGAGCCACAUUCAAACAGUGUCUGGAACAUAUCUGUAG